AUGACUUCUUUGAAUCUCCCUUGUGUGUCUGUUGUUCCCAUCCCAUCCGCACCCCAGGCAGAUGAGUUCUUCUGCUGGCUGUCAGAGGAUGUGACCUGUAUCCCUGCCAGUUCUCAGUGUGAUUACACCAAAGACUGCCCUCUAGGGGAAGAUGAGCAGAGCUGCGGACCUUGUACCUUUGAGAACAAUCAGUGUGGAUGGAUGGAUGUGAGUAAGAGGGACAUCAGGUGGCAGAGACAGAGAGCGACUGUGCCCACAGACCCCGACCAUACCACAGGCACAGGCUCCUACAUGGAUGUUGUCCGCGAAAAAUCCAACAUUGCCCAGAGCAAAUCCAGGGGAAAUGCCCGUUUGCUGAGUCCCAGGCUUCCCCCGUCAGGCCCCUACUGCCAGAUGAUGUUUCACUUCCGGGUGACCCCCGGUGGAGGGGCUGGCCUGUAUGUCUUCAGGUUGGAGUCUGGUGCCAAAUCAGGGACGUUGCUCUGGUCCCGCCCUAAGCAGGACAGCGGCCAGUGGGUUCCAGAGAUCCUCAAUGUGGGCUCCACGCCUCAGCCAUACAAAAUUGUCUUCAACAGCUCCCUCGAGUCGGCGUCCAACAGCAACGGCUCUCUGGGCAUUGCCCUGGAUGACAUCUCCUUCCACAACUGCGAGGCAUCCUACCAGCCACCAGACCCCUCCUCUCACAAUUGCUCCUUUGAGGACCACUCCUGCGGCUGGGUCCAGGCAGCCAGUGAUGACCUGGACUGGCAGAGCUGGACCGGACCAUCUGUCACCGCUAACACUGGACCCGCGGGGGACCACACCACUGGCUUGGGGAAUUACCUAUAUGUCGAGAGCUCCUCUCCAAGCAGAGUAGGGGAUGUGGCCCAGCUGAAGUCCCCUCUGCUGCCACCUGCUGGCCCCCAAGGCUACUGCACCACUUUCUGGUACCACAUGUUUGGUGCCACAAUUGGAAGCCUAAGGUUAUACCUGCAAGAAUCUCAGCCCCUACAGAGGACACUGAUGUGGAAGAGGCAGGGCAUGCAAAGCGACAUGUGGCAGAUGACCCAGAGUCAUGUGACCCUGCAGGAGGUCCAUCAGGUGGUGCUGGAGGCGUCUGUGGGUGGUUGGGCGGGAGACGUUGCUCUGGAUGACAUCACUCUUACCCCUGGAGCUUGCCGUUACUCCGGACCCCCAGACCUGUGUGACUUUGAGGACAGUGAGUGUGACUGGACCUCGGAGAGCUGGGUGCGGCGUUCUGGUGGUGGUCCCAGUAGGGAGCCAGGAUCCGAUCACACCACCGACACGCCCCAUGGACAUUACUUUUACCUGGGCUCCUCAAGCUCCCAGCCCCCUGGUCACAUGGCCUCACUGGUCUCCCCAGAAUUCGCUGCGGGAACAGGUGACUGUCUACAGGUCUGGUACCACAUGGAUGGGGACAGCAUAAGUACCCUAAACGUGUAUCAGCAGAGCGAGGAUGGCGGACGCAAACUUGUUUUUUCAAAGACUGGCAGCCAGGGGGAGCUGUGGAGGCUUGGCAAUGUCAGGCUGGAUCCUAUGGAGGGGUCUGCAUUCCAGAUUGUGGUAGAGGGUGUCCGGGGGACAGGAGUAUCUGGGGGCGUCGCCAUUGACGACGUGCUGCUGUCUAAUGGAGCCUGCCCACCCCCUGGAGUCUGUGACUUCCAGGGCAGUCUGUGCGGGUGGACCAACGUUGAGGCAGGCGACCAAGCCGAUUGGCUACGCGGGCGAGGGAGCUCCCCUCUUCCCAGCACGGGGCCCCGCGUGGACCACACCAUGGGCUCCAGCCAAGGUCGUAUCUCCAUGGAGAAUGUGGUGCAAAACAAGGGCAGAACGAGAUUAGCCAAAUUUAUAAACGAUACGUGUGAGGCUCAGAGCUACUAUGUGUACGUGGACAGCGCGGUGGGACAGAAGGGUGACAAGGCCAUGUUGUACAGCGAGGUCUUCCAACCAACCCAGGGAGACGGCUGCUUGAGCUUCUGGUACCACAGGCAUGGUCAGAACAUCGGCAACCUCAGCCUCUACAGCGGCACCAGCACUCUCGACAAACCCAGGAACCCCUUUGGCGAUGACGAGAAGGACCUGCUGCUGUGGACAGAGGCCACCAGCCAAGGGGACACCUGGAUAGAGGCCACUAUGGCGGUCAACAACAUGGAGCCAUUUUGGUUUGUUUUUGUAUACGAGAGAGGGGAGGGCGGGCCGGGACACCUGGCUCUGGAUGACAUCCAGCUCAUCAAAGGAAGAUGCUCCAGCAUCAAUUCCUCCCUGUCUUCUCCAGCUGCAGUUUACGUCGGCGUGGGUUUGGGUCUCGUGCUUUCUGUUGCACUAGGGGUCAUCGCUAGCGUGGUCUUACUGCAGAGGAGUUUGUCCACCAUGAUACCCAGUGCGGGAGACCGUGACGUGGACAACAUCAUCUUCCACAUGCAUGACUGCAAACUAGAUGAACUGGAGACCACAGGUUCCUCUGAGAAGCUGACAAAUACGUCCCCCGCUGUUGACAUGGACACCGAACCAUCGUCAUCGGAAGCCUAGCAGGAAAAAACGAUCAACACUGAUGACUUUUUUAAAGCUAGAUAAAAGUCUGCUGAUAUGAAUGGGACCCUCCAAGCAUGACCUCGGAUAUCUAGCGGAAAGAUUUCCAGGUCAAAGCAUUUUUUCUUGCAAGAUCCCUUUAUCCAAAUCUUUUUCAAAAUUUACCGGGUAUUUCAGCGUUUCAUCCUAGUUUGUUUUUGAUGAGUUUCAGCCAGUGAGGGUUUACAAUUGUUUCACGUAAUGAAAUAUUCCUGAAAGCCUCUGUACCAGCAGGUGCAAUGCCAGAUAUGGGGGGGGGGUGAUAAAACCAUACAUUGUACAUGUUUUGUCCACAUUCACUUCAGCAUUUGAUGGGUUUGUCAUUUCUCACUGCAAUUUGUGAAAGUAUGGAGUCUGGUCACAGUCAGGC